GAGAGGACCUUUCCCCCAACCUUCUCCAACUCGUCACCGGUGGGGCUCGCCGGUCAUUUUCCCGACACUGGGAGGUAGGCAGUCAAAGAGCAACUCGUCUGCAGAAAGUCAUUCCAUCGCGCGGUACCGGGGAGGCUUAGCGGUGGUAAUUAUCUAGCACCAAAUCCGCAUUGCGAGAGAGGGGAUAAACUGGCCUUUGAUACCAGUAGACUCAGCUCAGCCAGGCCGUGUCAUGCGUACUCACAUCCCCUAUAGGCGCAAAUAAGUCAAACCACACGAAAAAAAAAGCAGAAGCCAUGGCCGAAGUCACGGCGCCGCUGCGUGCGCGCAAGAAGUACGCCAUCGUCGGCACGGGCGGCCGCGCCAUCUUCUUCUACACGGCGAUCGCGCAGGACUACGCGGCGACGUCGCAGAUCGUCGGGCUCUGCGACACGAACCAGACGCGCAUGGACUUCGCGAACGCGCGGCUGGCGGAGCUCGGGCACGGGGCGGUGCCGACGUUCGCCGCGGCCGACUUCGACCGCAUGGUGGGCGAGACGCGGCCGGACGAGGUCAUCGUGACGACGAUCGACCGCACGCACGACGUCUACAUCGUGCGCGCGCUCGACCUCGGCCGCAGCGUGGUGACGGAGAAGCCGAUGACGGUCGACGCGGCGCGGUGCCGCGACAUCUUCGCCGCCGUGCGCCGCAACCCGGGCGGCCGCGUCCGCGUCACCUUCAACUACCGCUACGCGCCGCACAACACCAAGGUCUACGAGCUGCUGCGCGCCGGCGCCGUCGGCACCGUCACCAGCGUCCACUUCGAGUGGCUGCUCGACACCGCCCACGGCGCCGACUACUUCCGGCGCUGGCACCGCGACAAGCGCAACAGCGGCGGCCUGCUCGUCCACAAGAGCACCCACCACUUCGACCUCGUCAACUUCUGGCUGCGCACCCGCCCCCAGACCGUCUACGCCCAGGGCGACCUGCGCUUCUACGGCCGCGAGAACGCCGAGCGCCGCGGCGUCGCCCCCGCCGACAUGUACGCGCGCGCGCGCGGCAGCGCCGCCGCCCGCCGCGACCCCUUCGCCCUCCACCUCGAGGACCACCCGCAGCUCAAGGCGCUCUACCUCGACGCCGAGCACGAGGACGCGUACUACCGCGACCAGAGCGUGUUCGGCGACGGCGUCAGCAUCGAGGACACCAUGAGCGUGCUGGUGCGGUACCGCAGCGGCGCCGUGCUCACCUACUCGCUGACCGCGUACGCGCCCUGGGAGGGCUUCCGCGUCAGCUUCAACGGCACCGCCGGCCGCCUCGAGCUCGAGGUGGUCGAGAACAGCUACGUCAACUCGGGCGGCGAGCAAGCCGCCGAGGGCGCCCUCGGCCGCCGCUCCCUCGUCCUCCGCAAGCUCUUCGAGAAGCCCCAGGAGAUCGAGAUCCCUGAGGGCGUUGGCGCCCACGGCGGCGGCGACGCCGUCCUCCUCAACGACCUCUUCGGCGAGCCCACCACCGACGAGUACAUGCGCGCCGCCAGUCACGUCGACGGCGCCCUCUCCAUCCUAACCGGCAUCGCCGCCAACAAGUCAAUGGCCACGGGGCAGGUGGUGAACGUGGAUGAUGUAUUGAGCAUCCCGUGACGGAAUAUGGGAUGGGAUUAUGUACCUAUUCGUGACAUACGUACAUAGCUGCCCAUAAUCAGACAACGUUAAUCGUAGCCGGAUACCGAACCAGUCCUUCAGUCCUUAAAAC